AUGGCGUCUGCUGAUCUGAGGGCAGAGCUGGACUGCUCCAUCUGCCUGAGCCUCUAUACAGAUCCUGUAUCCCUGAGAUGUGGACACAACUUCUGCCGCUCGUGUAUUCUGAGUGCGCUGGAUGCGCAGGAGGCAGCUGGAGUGUAUUCCUGUCCUGACUGCAGAGCAGAAUAUCCGGAGCGUCCGGCCCUGGAGAAGAACAGGAAGCUGGGGAACAUAGUGGAGCGUUUCUUAUCUGCCCGGCCUGAUAUGGAGGAGACCAGGAUCUUCUGUACUUACUGUACAAGGUCUCCUGUACCAGCUGUGAAGUCAUGUCUGCAGUGUGAGAACUCUCUAUGUGACGACCACCUGACAGCCCACAACAAGACAAUGGAUCAUAUAUUAACAAAACCCACCAGGUCCUUUGGCAACAAAAAAUGUUCCCUCCACAAGAAGGUUCUGGAGUUGUACUGCCCGCAGGACGCAGCUUGUGUGUGUGCGUUUUGCUGUCUGGUUGGUGAGCACAGGGGACACCAGGUUGAACUUCUAGAUGAGGCGUCUGAGAAGAAGAAGAAACUGGAGAAAUAUCUGGAUGAAGGAAACCUACAAAAAGCAGAAAUCCAGGCAAGAGUCCAGAAUCUGCAGGAUCGUCAGAGGAAUAUCCAGGAGAAGGCCUCUGAUAAGAGGAAUAAUAUCAAGAAGUUAUUUAUGGACAUUAAGAAACAAAUGAAAAUGGCAGAAAAGAAAGCGCUGAGCGAGAUCUCCAGGCAGGAGGAGAAGAUUGUGUCCCAGAUAUCUGAUCUGGUCAUGAAGCUGGAAAUAGAGGAGGACGAGCUGUCCAGGAAGAUGCGUCACGUGGAGGAGAUGUGUCAUGUCACCGACCCAAUAAGACUCCUACAAGAAAGUGACAUUACAGUAUGUGGUCGUGGAGAUGAGGACACAGGGGGAGAUGGUGGAGAGGGCAGGUCUGAGGAUGAUCUGGAUGAGGUUCUGAUCUCACUGACCUUACACCGAUCUAUGGGGGAUAUUGUCACCAAUGUCACAUCAGAGCUCGGGCUCCAUGUUCCAGACAUAUUGCUGGAUGAGGACACUGCUAAUGAAUAUGUGAAGAUAUCAGAAGAUCUGAAAACGGCAACAGGAACGGAAGAAGAAGAACAUGGCAGACCAAAAUCGCCAGGAAGGUUCCUGGAUUAUCUCCAGGUGUUAAGCAGAUGUGGCCUCUCCUCAGGAAGACAUUACUGGGAGGUAGAGUGGAACCAAAUGGGAAGAUGUGACAUCGGACUGUCCUAUCCCAGUAUAGAUAAGGAUGGAGAUCUGUCUGGGGCUGUAUUGCAAGGGCUGCAGAUUGUGCAAAAAACUCUGAAAAUUGACUUUAUUACUUUCAUUGCUGGACUAGAAAACGCUGCAUUGUGUGCGUCAGCACUGCAAGGGUUAAUCGGCCAUGUUUUCCUCAUGGCGCAGCAUCUCUAUGACCUUCAAGAGCGAGAAGAUAUCGAAUACACGCCUCUUCAAGAAGUUAUUGUAACCGCACCCAAGAGAUGGGAAGAGACAGGAACGCCCUCUCAAGAGCGCGAAGAUGUCUAA